AUGAACCCCAACAUUGCAUCUGAUAACCUCAAAACCGUUCUUAUUGGUACUCAUGCCAAUAACGAUGUCCCUCCUGCUACCCCUGUUGACCUGCAAGAUGUUCCGCUCAACUCGUCUACUAUUCCCCAAAGAGAACAUUUUCAAGAUAUAGAUAUUGAUGUUGUAACGGAGGACCCUCUCUCCACGUUCGCGAAUACUCGAAGCAACGAACAAAUCUUAAAGGACAUGAAUGAAAAGCGUCGUGAGUUAAUUACUCGAAAAGCUUACCUGGCCCGUCUGGUUGCUCAACAAGGUUCAGAAACUGUCGAUGGAAACAUCGAAGAAACUCUAAAAACGUAA